AUGAACGGCGACAGUGACGCUCGAAAACGACCAGACGACGUCGUCGGGCUUCUGCACCGCUGUGUCGGCCUUUUGCUCACCCCUAUCCUCACAGACGCUCUCCCACUCGUGUUCAACGCGCAGCCAGACACCGCACGCCAGUUUCUCCGAGUCCCCAACCAUGCCGUGUUCGCCAUCGCCGCGCCCGCGGCGUACAAGGAACUCGCAGUGGAGAUCAGCAUCCCCGGAACAGUCGGGCACGGCGAGUUUGUGUCCAAGGCGCUCAAGGGCGACAAGCCGCGUGACUGCUGCAAAGCCGACGGCAUGAAGAGCAAGCUCGUCGCCAUCUGCAGAUACCCAAAGUAUGCGCGGCACGUCCGCGUCGUCCACUUCCGCCACCCGUGCCACGCGCACACCCGGACCGAGAUCAACGCCGGAACGCGCUCAGCCGACCGCUUCGAGGCAUGGGAGUUUGCCAGCUCGGUCAUUGACUCUGUGGCGGGCGUCGAGGAGCUCGUGUGGCAGACGGGUCUGGGCAUCGGCGGCCGGCUGUGGAAGUCGAUUGCCUCACUUCACAGCCUCAGGAGGCUGUACAUCCACACCCCAGAAGACCACCCUUCACACACGACCGAGGCGCCGACGUACCCGCGCCUCACGCCCGACCUCCAGCAGGCGGCACCACCGGGCAUUGCGUUCCCCCAGAUCGGCGACGCGCCCGAGACUACCAAGCUGCGCGCCAAGGCCAUCGGUUUCAAUGGGCUGGCGCUAGGUGUCGGGUGGGAGAACUUGGAGGUGCUUCAGAUCGAGGGACUCAGCUCACAGGGGGCCCGGACCAUCGCGAGCCACCUCCAGAUCCUCUCGAACCUGCCACCGAGCUACCAUCCCAAGCUCCACAGUCUUUCCAUCUCGACGCACUUUACCGACCUCCGGCUCUGCGAGGCGAUCGGGCAGUUCGGCGCGCUUCGAACCAUCAAGCAUCUCGCACUCGGUACCACAGGCACCAAGCUCAACGCCGAGUGCCUCAAAACUAUCAUUGAAAACUCGCCGGCUCUCGAGAGCUUGAAGCUCGACGAUGUUGAGGGCCGGCUUGACAAGAACACCUGGGCCCAGAUUGAAUCAUGGCCUGCUGGCUUCAAGAACCUGGAAAUUGCAAUUGCAGAGUCUGGCGCGCAUCAUUCUUGGGUCUUGAAGCACCUUGCAUCGCUGCACCACGUCCCGAUGGCGCAGCUCACGCGCUUUGCUGUCGUGCGCGUCAUCCACCCCGUUGCAGAACUGCCCUGGCCACCACUUACCAUUGUGGUGCCCCCGACGCAGCCAGGCCACCAGUCCGAGGCUAUCCCUCGAGAGCUCCUACAGGUGGUUACGACCCAGGGCCGCCACCUCCAAGACCUAUGCCUCGACUGGUGGGAACUUGAGCUGUCCGACCUCGAGGCGAUCCUGUACGCCUGCCCCAAGAUGCGUAAGCUCCAGGUGGCUGUCAAAUCUAGCGUUCUCGACAUUGUCUCCAUGUCGGCGCCAUUCGGCAAUGUCCCAUCGCUGGUGGAGCUCGCGGUCACGUCCAAGACACCAUUCCAAAACAGCGCUGCCAAGGUCAAAGGCGCAAAGGGAAAGAAAGACGCUGAUGUCGACCUCCCUCCGUUCCUGGCUGAGCGCGUGGCCGAAGGCGACACCACGCUGGUCGAGGUGCGCGACCUUCGCAAGUUUGUCCGCCGGCUUCCCAACUUCCGGCUGCUUCGCUGGAUCGGUCGCCAUGGCAAGGGCGAGUGGCGGUUCCCAGCUGUCCGCAAGACCACGCUCGUGCCAGUCGACUUUAUCCACUCUGCUCAGCUCACCCUUGGAGUGUGGGAGGAGUGCCAGCGUGAUCCGCCUUCAUUCAAGUUUGAAGACGACCCAGUGACGUACCAGACGAUGGCGUUGGAGCCGCCGGCUUCGCCCACGACGCCCGACGUGCCGCCUCUGACCCGCUCAACGACGUGGAGCAGCGCGGCGUCGCUGGCCUCGGCUUCGACAACUACAUCCCAGGUGCCACCGCGCCAGAGGCGCCCUUCAAGUGCCAAUGGAUCGUCUGGCUCGACCUCGGUUCUCGGGCUCGAGUGGGAGGCUCUGCCCAGCUCUAUUCCGCCUGUGCCGCCGCUGCCGCCAGUGCAGACGGUUCCGCGCCUCAGCAUGCCACCGCUUCCGCUAUCUCUGUCGACGCCCAAGAAGCCUGAAACGAAUGGCCACUCGCGCGUUCGUAGCCAGUCGAGCGCCAAGGGGCAGCAGACGCCUCUGCCCGUGUCGGCUGGCCGAGCUCCGCGAGAGCGCAAGUCGACCAAGCCUGGCAAGGCGCUGGCAUACACUCCAGGCUCGACAAUGAACGACGUGACGCAGAAGCAUGUUCCGGGGGCUGCAGCUCGCAAGAGUGCGGCCCCGGCAUUGGUCAUUGGUCGUGGGGGUGCGACACCGACCCCGCCGGGGCGUGAUGAGGCGCCGACGCCGAGCGAUUCGGGCAGCGAUGGGUGGACGGUUGUGCGUGGGGUUGAUGGACGGGGCAAGGCGCGCAAGUAG